UGUCCUCCACCGCUCUUAGUUCCAGCUCCUCACCCCACGUUAGAGCGGAGCCGGAGGGAGGGGGGAAAAGGGAGCAAGAAGGGGAGGAGCGCGCUUUGGGCAGAGCAGCAGCGGGACGCCAUCGAUACCGGACUCUCAUCCUCCUCUCCCGAGAGGCCGACUUAGGAGAGAGACCAGAAAUGAGUGGAAUGCUAUCCUAAGUCAAAAAUCUGUUAUUACCUUUACAUAUACUACUUAAAUGAAGAAAGAUUAAAAAACCCACAAAAUUCCAGCUGAUAAUUACCCUCUUCAGACAUUGGUAAUAUGUCCCUCAGUCCAAGCCGACCUUCCUCAUCAGAGUUGGUGGAACUUCAUGUUUUUUAUGUCCCUGAAGGAUCGUGGAACUAUAAGCUAAAUACCAUUUCAGUAGAAGUUGUUAACAAAUUCAUUUCAGCUGGAUUUAUAAGAGUAUCGCCUCACCUUACUUUACAAGACCUGAGAGAGCGUCUUGGUGAGUUUCUUGGUGAAGAUGCUGUUGCAGAAAAAUUUUUAUUUCUGAAAUGCAUUGGAAAUAAUCUAGCUGUGGUGAAGGCAAGGCAAGAAUCAGAACUGAAACUCAAGUCAUUUGCCCCUCCAUAUGCUCUUCAACCAGAAUUAUAUUUGCUUCCUAUAAUGGAUCACUUAGGAAAUAUUUACUCAGCAUCAACAGUUUCCUUAGAUGGGUGGCAGACUAAUAAUGGUGUUGCCGAGGCUGAUGGAAUAAUCCACAGACCAGUUAGUGUAACUUUGGUGAAGGAAGAACCUGGAACAGAUCCCAGUUUUUCACUAAAUACUUUGAAAGAGCUUCUUAACAAGAAUCGGGAAGAAGCAGGGGGGAAAGCCACUCCAAAAGAAAACCAGACUGGAGAAAAUCAAAUUGGAAAUUCUGAAGUGCCAGGAUCAUUGGAAGAAUCAAAUAGUGAUUAUUUAAGCAACAAAAAAAGUCCGCUUCUUUGGAAAAAUGAAGAUGAUAGAGUUAACAUUAGAACAGAGAACAAUCAGAUAAGUAAGAAAGAGUGCAUCACCUUGCCAGAUCGUAUUGAUUUUCCUUCACUUCCUUGUCAACCUGUUCUUUCUCCAGGAAUAGCUGAUAUCUCUUUAUUACAGAUUGAAAGAGAGAACAUUAUUGAACAAAUGAAACAAGUGAAGAAAGAAAGAAGAUAUCUGGAAAGAAUUAGAGAAGAACUAAUAAAAGAAGUUGAAAAACUAUUUGAACAAAGCAAACUGAAGCAAUAUCAUGCCUGUGAUGGUUGGAAGAAAAAAUACGUUGAAAUAAAGAAAAUCACAGCAUCAUCAGAGGAGGUUUUAACAAAACUCCAAGAAGAUUUAGAACUUUACUAUAAAAAACUGCUCAUGCAGCUGGAAGCCAGAGGGAUGAAGAUGAGACCAAAAUAUUUGGCAAACAUCACAGACUCUAAGAAUUACCUUAUAGUCCAGAUCACUGAGGUGCAGCAUGCUAUUGACCAACUUAAGAGAAAAUUGGAUACUGACAAAAUGAAACUCAUAAUAGAAGUUAAGAUGAGAAAACAAGCAGUUUCAGAUUUACGCAUGCUGAGAGCUGAACUGGUGCAGAAGAAAAUAGCACAUCUUUACAAUCUCCAUUGGUUCCUGAAAAUGUGCCCAGUUAGGAGCUCAGCAGAUGACUGAUUCAUCAUAAAGGAAAUCAAGUCAAAAGGGAGCACUGGCUGCUGCAAUACCUGACAAGGCCUCACUGUUCAUCAGGCGACAUCGCAAAGAGAAAGUCACAAGCAUCUGCAAUUCCAGCAUGAUUAUAGCACCUGUCUUUGCACUUGAGACCAAGUUGCAUCAAAGGUUACCUGUGGAAAAACACAUACCAUUUUAUGUAACAUGAUCAAAUAAGCUUAUUAUGUCAGUUGUGGGGUUUUUUGGGUAUAUAUAUUUUGCUUCAUACUACCCAAGAAAAAGACCUGUUUACAUAUAUGAACAUAGGGUUUGAUGCUUAUAGAAGUAGAACAGUUCUAAGAUAUUUUUACCCAGCUGGAGUAACCCAGACAUAUAUUUGAACAGAUACAAUGACCAGGAGCAGGGCACUGUGUAGAAGUGGGAUUUUAAAUGUCUUCUUAGGCUAGUCUGGUAACUCAACUGAUUGAAAGAAAUAGUUGUAGUAACAAUAGGGUGUAGUGGGGCCUCUAAGCAACUAGAGAGUUAAGUAGUUUUUUAAAAUAUUGUGCAGGCUAGAUAGUCAUCCCUUGGUACAAGUUGACUGUCCUGUGUUAGGAGUUUAAUAUUCAAUAACGUCACAUGAUAGGUUUAAUCCAACAUUACAGUUAAGAGUGGCUUAUGACUAUAGGGAUAAGCUAAGCAACUCAAAAUGUUGAGCAAAUCACUUAAGUGGCCUUAUUUUAUGGGAAUAUUCAAAUAAAACAAGUGAUGAAUUACCUUUCA